AUGCCUCAAACCUUUAUGGAUAAUGAUUUAAAGACCAUGUUUGAGGACGCUAGGAAAUAAAUUCGCAAGAAAGUGGAGCAAGAGAACCAGUUUUCAAACAAAAAGCAUUCAAAUUCAUUUCUGACUGCUGGCAACAAUAAUAAUCCUGAUUUGACUUCAAAUUCUAAAGACACAUCUUACAGACUUAGUUCUUCUUACUUGCCACCCAGUGCAUUAAACUAUCACAGCAGAGAUAAUUCUAAGCUGUCUGGAACAGCUCCAUUAACUAACAACUCUAAAAUUACAAAUUAUGCUUAGAGCAGUAACAAGACCUAUCAAUGUUAAAAUCAGGACUAAAUGCCUGGCCAUAGCAUAAAUAUUAGAGACUAUAUGGAAUUGAAGCAAAAUAAUCAAACCAACUUUAGACAAACUAAGAUUGAUAUGUUGAAAAGUGAGCUCAAGUCAAUGCUUGGGAGCAGUGGUGAUGGCAAACAGUAGAAUAUAGAUCACAUCCACUAAACCUAAUAAAGUGCAUUUUCUAGAGAUCGUGGACACUCCACAAGCAAUCUCCAUUAAAACAGUUGUUUCCCCUUAGGCUUAAAUGGAUAGGCAUUUUCGACUAUGAAUCACUAACUCAAGGAUAGCUCUAAGAUUUUAGUUAGCCAAUUAAUUUCACCAUAACAUGAGUAAAAGAGUAUACUAUCACACACUCCCAAUAGAAUGAGCAUUAAUAGUUAGGAGGGGCAGAGACUUAGAGAGACUUCCCUCUAAGGUAUAAAUAGCCGCACUCCUUCAAGACCAUUUAACUAGAUGAUUAAUUUUAGCACAAACUCUUAUUAGACUUCAAAAACUCCUACCAGAAAAACCCUUUAAAACUUAGAACACACCCCUGAUGGUUACCCUUUGGUUACUAACUCAUAAGAUGGUACUGCUUACUAUGAAAAAGGUCCGAGUGCGGAAUUCAGAUAAGUCUUGUAGUAUGGUCAGGACAUCGAAAGUAUGCUUAGCAAAGAAGAGAUAUACAAAAUCUAAAAUGCAUUACUUGAAGCAAGAGAGGAAUAACUGGCUAGACUGCCUUAUUCAUAUGUAUAAGAAUUGUAGAGACUGGCUGAUAUAAUAUAGAAAACUUUAGGCCAGAGAUAAGAAUUUGGAUUUGGUUUCCUAAAUGAUAAUGGCCAAUCCUAAACUAACUAUCAAUGA